UAACUCAAGGAUUCCCCUAUACGAUACGAUACGAUACGAUAUCUUUUGACUUAUUGAUCAAUGGUCAUUUCUCUUGCGCAUGAUUUUACAUCCUUAACUUAUGACUUAUUCGAAUGUACGAAUGAGGCUCGUCGUUAAGAGAAUACAGGAAUGAAAUCUCUCCGAUAUUAUCUACAAUAAUAAUUGACUACUUAUGAUAUUGUUAUUGGUAUUGUGAGAUAGAAAAAAUGCACACUGUCGUUACAGUGCUCUUUGACAAUCAGAUAAUAAGAAUUGCAUUUUGCUUGAAAUAUGAAUUUGAAUGGAGAAGCAUUUGAUCAUCCGCAUCGAUUUAAGAAUCUUAUUGUCUUUCUUUACUCUAUCCCUGACAUGUCAUGGCAUGUAGGUCCGUUUUGAUUAAAAAUGAAUCCGACAACGUUGAAGAAUUGGUUGGUACGCGGUGAGCUCGAGAAGCUUGAAAAUAUUGUGUUGGAGGGACGUGGCGCACGUUUGUUGGGCGAACAUUCUCCAGAUCUUAGAACCCGUGUCUUCCUGAAGGGACUCCCGAAUUACCUGACGAAGAUAUCUCAAACUCACGACGCGGUUACGCGAGGUUCCUUGGUAGAAACUCAGAGAAUUAUAACGGAAGAACCAAAGAAAAAGUUGGCCAUCGCUAAGGAUCCAUCCGGGAUACCGCUCAUUCACAAGGCGAUUUAUCAUGAUCAACCAGAAAUAGUUGCAUGGCUUGUACAUAAUUACCCAAUCACGACUCAACAAAGGGACAAAGAAGGUAGAACGGCUUUACAUUAUUGCGCUGCCUGUAGAGAUCCUAGUACGGUGUGGGACAUUUUGAUAGAGGGUGGCUGCGACGCCAGUGUUUGCGACAAGCGUGGAAAUCCGGCAGCUUAUUAUCUUGAACACAGUUCCGAGGUCGAGUUAGCCGAAACGGAGAGGAUGCCUAAUCGAAAAAGCAGCACUACGAAAGAAACCUUUGACUUCAAGCCUUCCAAUAUAAGAAUAUGGAUUCAUAAUCGGGACAUUAGAAAAUUGCAGCAGGUUCUCUGGGAAGGUCACGGUGGCAAAUUACGAUGCGAGACAAGCAACAAUCCGAGGGUGAAGAAGUUUUUGGAAGCAGUACCUUUUAUAAUGGGUACCGUGAAAGAUGUACACUCAGCGACUGUGAAAAACGAUUUGGAGGGUUUGAAAAAGAAAUUAGAGGAUCCGGUCUCGCCUAUUAUUUUGUGUAGCAAGGAUGCAAACGGUUUGAACGUCUUGCACAAGACUGCCGGAUUGGGUUAUCUGGAAGUCGCUCGUGAAAUCCUUGAGAGGUAUCCAUCGAUAGUAACGGCCCAAGAUAACGAAGGUAAAACACCGUUACAUUAUGCGGCUGCGUUGAAGGACGACGGUGCCAUGUACAAUCUAUUGACCGAGCAUGGGGCCGACGAAAGCAAAUUGGAUAACAAACAAAAGGCAGCCGCUUUUUAUAAAAAUCGCCCGUCCGACGUGGAUCUAUCCAAUUUAGUCGUGAUACCGGAAGCGCCACGUGUAUCGGGAAUGUCCUAUCCAAAAAAUUGGGACUGGAGAAUCUUGGAGGUAGCUGAAACAUUUGUACGUCCAGCAAAGAAAUCGCCAAGUAGCAAUGAGGUCGACAGUGCAUUUGAAAGUGCCGAACCAUCAAUUAGGAGCUCAAACGUUAUUACCGAGGACAUGAAAAUAGUUGAGGAAGAGAAGGAUGAUUCGAUUACGAAAGAUGAGGGUUUGUCCGAGCUUACGUCCGAAAUAGUCGAAGGAAACGAAGAGAAAUCGUCCGACGAUGAUGUAAUUACUGGCGCGAAAGACGACGAGAAGGACGACGAGAAGGACGACGAGAAGGACGACGAGAAGGACGACGAGAAGGACGACGAGAAGGACGACGAGAGGGACGACGAGAGGGACGACACGAUAGACGACGUGAAAGACGACGAGAAAGAUGAGGAAAUGGCAGAAGAUACGGCAGAAGAAACGAAGGAAAACGACGCGCAAGAGCAACCUCGAGAGAUCGAGGAAUCUGAUAAGGUUGAGGAUACAACGAAUGAACCGAUUGGUACCGAUCAAGAGGAGAGGAGUGAUCCUAGUACGGGCGACUCUGGGGUCGAUGAUCCAACGAACGAAGAAGAUCAGGUCAUCGUGGGCGAACACGAAGAGUUACCAGAAGCAGAAUUGAAAGAGGGUAGCAUGAUUUUGGAUCCAGAAGUGGAGAAUUUAUUGGAGAACGGAAAUAUGGAACAAUUGGCAGCGUUGGUGUUGAACGGCGAAGGUAGACGACUUGUUGGUCGGCAAUCGAAUAAUCCCGAACUUCAGGCCUUCAUCGACAAUGUGCCUGCUUAUAUGGGAAAAAUUCACGCCGUACAUAUGGCAGCGCGAGAAGGGAAUCUAAGAGAUUUGCAAAGCGCAUUGGAUCGUCGCAAAUUUGCCGUAGCAAGGGACGGUUCGUCGCCUCGCGGUGCAACGCCUCUUCACGUUGCAGUGGUCUUUGGGAAUACAGCUGUCAUCAGGUAUCUGGCAGGAAGAUUCCCGGAAACGGCACACGCGAUCGAUCUCGACGGUAGAACGCCGUUGCAUUAUGCAACAACGCUCGCCGACAACGGACAUUAUUACAAUCUUCUUCUUAAUUUGGGAGCGAAUCCGCUUGUAAAGGACAAUUUAGGAAAUAAGGCGGAUCAUUACAAACUAAAUCAGGAUGACCUAUCGCACAAAAGACUACUUCGUGAUUUCGGAGCCAGCGAAAAACUCGCUGAAGAAAUGUUGACGGACAAAGUGCCCGGCGGAGACAAGUACUCGGCGCGACGAGACGCUAGCGAACCAGAAACAUUGGCGACCUUGGAGAGAUGCUUCCGCUUGCUGGCUGGCGCUAGACGAAACUCAGCUGUUAGGACACCCUCGAAUCCUGGUACACUGCUUGGUCGUUGUCUUAAACGGCCGAUAUUCGAUCGUAUAAAGCACCGUGUGACACGCAUGGACCACAAUCUUUUUGAUGUUAUCUGGCCGGCUUUUAAGAAAUACGGCAAUCCCAUCGCCACUAACAAGACCAGCGAAAGCAACCAUUCCGUCGCAAGCAUGGACGAUACUGUUGAUAACGAUAUCAUCGUUGUGCCCGAUUACGAGAGCUACGUGGUCUUUGCCGAGCUCUUCGAUCCAAUUAUCAGGGAAUUGCAUUGUCUGACAGCUAGCGGAGAUCUUCCGGAUCAUCCAUCGGCUCAUUUUUUCGACAUGAACGAUUCGCCCGAUGACAAAGGAGAUUAUGUAGACGAAGUGGCCGUGUCUGCUUUGGAAAAUUAUGAUCUUGAUCCGUCCGCGAAAUACGUUCAGGCCGGCGUCAUUGAAUGUUGCAGAAAUCUCGAGGAUUAUACUCUACCGUUGACCCUUACCGUGAAUCAACUCGAAGACGUCGAACGGAUCCUAACGAGUGAAUUUAUGAGCCCGGAAAUUUCCAUGAUAAUGGCGGAAGGUAGUACCGAGGACGAGACCGGGAAUUAUUUGACAUUGAGCGAACUUUUAGAUCAGCCAAGUCCAUUGAGAGCUCAAUUGGCAGCAGCCGGCCUCUUGUUACCAAUAACCGAAUUUGAAAUUCACGAUGCUAAACGACUUCACGGCAGACAUUGGCCUUACGGCCGUGGAGUUUACAUUUCUGCUAGUGGCGAUUUGGCAGCUUGGGUGAACGUUCAAGAUCAUUUAAGAGUGAUAUCUCGUACUACGAACAACAGACCAGGACUGAUCGGUCGAGCCUACGUGAAAUUAGCCAAAGUGAUGCGCCUGUUGGAUCAAAGAUUGCAUUUUAAGAAGGACGUUAAAUUUGGUUUCCUUAGUUCAAGACUUGAUGCAAUCGGCAACACGUUAAAGUUUACACUGAUCAUAAAGUUUCCCGAAUUGUCGAAAGAACGAGACCAUUUUAAACAUUUAUGCGUCGUUCGUGGAUUAAGCGUGAGCGACACGCCACGCAAGGAUACUUAUAAAAUAGCCAAUCAGCAAUGCUUGUCGAUCUCGGAAUUGCAUAGCCUCCAAGACUUUUCAAGGGCUAUUUCGAAUAUUCUCCUAUUGGAGAAAGAAUUAACGUUGAACAAUUCUAUCAGAAUCGCCAGCAUGAUCGCCGGUAUUUUUCGGAAGAAGACCAACACGAGAAGACUUCGAUCUUGAUCGACAACGAAACGACUCGAUCACGAUCGACGACGGAUCUUCACCUUGCAAGAGAGAUAACAAUUUUAUCACAGUAUCGUCGACAUCGAUCUAAUGCUAGAUGCUUCCAAUU